AUGUAAGUUACUUUUCAACAAUUUAUAUUUUCUUCUGUUCCCUAGAGCAAGUUGCUAUUUUCAAAUGCUGAUUAAAUUUAGAGUAUAAUUACAACAAACGAUAUUGCUUAUUUGAGUAUUCAACAAUAAGGAAUAUGGGUAUAUAAUUAUCUCAAUUAAACAUUAGUAGCAAAACUUCAAGCAUAGCAAUUUCAAGAUGUUACAAUUUUCUGUGUUAGCUAAAAUAACUCAAUAAUUUAUUCCAUUUUAGAUUAAAGUAUUUAAAGUUUUAACUUUUAACUUUAGAUUCCAAACAAUAAUAAUAAUUCUCAAAGUAUCAUAUUACAAACUAACUUAAAAUCUAGCUUAACGAUAAGAGCUCCCAUUUAAAAAAUCCUAUUAGAUUUUAGCGAAAAAAAUUUGUUUAUAUAUGGAGGGACUCAAAUAGCUCUUUAUAGUAGCUUAACCCUUAGCUAGAUUUCUGUUUUUGAUUUGAAUCAAAAUAUCUAACAGAUGAGAUUAUCCUUAGAUGGAAAUUACUUAUUUCUACUUUCUACUUACUAAGGUCAAUAAUUAAUAAGAAUUUUUUAGAUAAAUGAAAAUCAAGCAUUUAAUGAAGUUGGAUAAACAAUUUAGUAUCCUACAGUGAGUGAUUUUGAGAUCUCUCACAAUCGAAUGUGGAUUUAUGGUAUUGAUUAAGUAAAUUGUGCCAUAUUGAUAGCUAGUGUCUAGCCAGUAUAUUCCAAUGCAUAAGGGAUAGCAGUUAUUUCUACCUGGUAAUCAAUUUGGCCAUAUAGCACCAAAUCAUCUAUAAUUACAAUAAAAUUCACUAAAGAUGAUAAUUAUUUUAUGAUUGGGCUUAAAUCCUAAGGGAUCUUAGUGUUCGAUGCAUCAAACAAACUAAAUCCAUAAUUAUAUUACUAAAUUACAUUUUCUGAGCUACCAAAAUUUUUUGAAUUAAAUGGGUAUUUGCAAAACUACUUUGUAAUCAGUGAUUCUUAAGCUUUGUUAUUUUAUAAUCAAAUAUAAAUAAAUUUGAAUUAGAAAACUCCAAAUUUAUUUAAUUAGCAUCUUCAAGAGCUUAUACCUAUAUCUCAGGCCAAUAGAUGCCUCUCUGUGAACAGUGGAGCAAAUUUAAUUGUAUCCCAGUCCACAUUAGGCUUUAGUCUUUUACAGUUUUAUGACUUGAAAUAACCUUAUAACGUAAAAGCAAAUGCAUAAUUAAAUCUGUAAAAUGUAAAUUAUUAGGAUGUAGUUUUUGAUAUUAAUACUUAAUCUCUCUACGGUCCUUCAACACCAACAUCUAAUAAUCUUAUGGAUUAUUUCAAAUUAAGCUAUGGAGAUUCACUAAACUCUCCAUAAAUUACUUUGCUUUAAUCUUUUUCUGCUGGAAAUAAUAAUUUUUAAUAGUAAUAAGAAUUUUCUAAUAUAUACAGAAGUAAAGAUGGAAAUCUAAUUCUAUAAACAUAUGGUGGUAAUGGUUUUCUUUUAUAUGAUUCUUCAAAAUAUCCUCAGUUAAAUUUAAUAAAAAUGAAUACUCUAUUCAAUUACACAGUCCACUAAGCCGACAUCACAAAAGACAAUAAAUGGGUAAUUUGUACAUAAAGAUAAAUUGGAUCUUAUGGUAUUGUUAGUAUUUCAGAUUUAAAGAAUAUAAAUCUUUAAAAUUUAUUUAAAACUUCUGGAGUAGAAGGUGUUGUAACAUCAUCUUUAGGCAACUAUGUUUAUCUCUAUGAUGGCUCAAAGGGUAUAUCUAUUUUAGAUACUAGCUUUUUCCCUUAAAUUAAAGUAAUCAGUAAUGUAAAAAUUCAUGGUUGGGUAAGUUAUGUUAACUUAUUUAAAGACGAAAACUUUAUUUUAGCAUCUACUUAUUCUACAAACUUAGUAACACUUAUCGAUAUCAAAGAUAAAUAGAAUCCCUUCAUAGUAGCCAAUAUUCAAAGAGGAUAAGAAAAUGGAAAUUCUUCUUGUCUCUCUUAUGAUGAAAAUUAUAUUUACAUUUUGAAUGGGAAUGGAAUAAAAUAUCUUCCUCUGAGCACAAAUAAUUAAAUCCACUUUUAAUUAAAUUCAUAUAACAAGGCAUCUAAAUAAUUUUAAGAAAUAGACAAUUCUAGUUUUUUGUAGAUUGGAUAAUUGUAUUCUAUUCGAUUUACAGUUCUUUAUCCAAAUCAAGGAAAUGUAAUAACUUAGGUUUUAUAUUACAGCAACUUCGAGAAAACUGCGCUUCCAUCUUGGAUUUCAUUUGAUUCUUCUACAAAUAUGGUUUUAAUUAAUGCAUAAAGAGAAGGACUAGGAACAUUUUAAUAUAGUCCACCUAUAUCAAAAUAAAAUAUUUUGUUGCUUACUGUUUAAAAGUAGGUCUAACAGACCGAUUUUAUCUUUGAUUCAACUUUAAACGGAAUACAGACAUCGUAGGAUUAAAGCAAUCAGAUAUUUUAGUAGCUUCAGCAAAUGGGAACUAUUAGAAAAGAUAAUUAUUUAAUAUCCUCUUUCUAUGAAACAUAAUUGUUAAAUUUAAACUUACAAAUAAAUGGUUUCUCUACAACCUAAUAACAAAUGAUUAACAAUUUGGUCUAUAUGAGGCUUCAAUAAACCUUAGAAAUUGUUCCUAUUUCAUUUUAAAUUUAGCAAUCUUUACGAUUAAAUUUUCAAAACCCUUCUUAAAUAAUUAAUACUUAUUCUAACCAAGCCACUUUGACACUUUCUGUAGAAAAAAGUGCUGGGUAGUUUGUGUAAAAGCAGUAUAAAAAUGUUAUAUUUUUCUUUAAUGACACCCUUAGCAGCUUAUCGUUAGAAGGAUCGAUUUAAAAUCUGAAUAAAAUUUUAUUUGAAAAAAUAAUAUUUUAUGCUUAUCAAGAGUUAUCUUAAAUAUCUCUAAAAAUUAUCGUUUAAGAUAAUAUAAACUACUAAUUAAACCAAACUAUUUUACUGUCAGAUCCUAAUUCAUAGUUUAUUUAGUAAAAAAUUGCAGUUAAGCUCAAUAACCCUCUAUAAUAAUAAAUUAACAAUUAUCUUCCAUAAGGAGUAAUUUAUUUAUUAUCAAGUCUAAGUAUUUAAUUUAAUUAAAACUCAUUCUCAGUUUCUGAGCCCUAUUAUAUAAAAUAUGCUCUUUUUGUGUAAUAAAAUAAAAAUCAAAUGAAUACCAUAAAUAGCUAAUAUAAUUAAUUUUUAGAUAGCAGCUACCUACAAACUUAAUAAAAUCUUGGUUUUGUACCUUUAGCAGAUGAUGAUUGGAUUUAAUUCGAUUCAAUCAAUUUAAAGUUAAAUGGUUAUGCUUAUAUAUCCUUAUAUUUAUAAGUACGAACAUAUAAGCUUGUUGCUUUUGAUGGUUACAGUUACGCAGAAGAUACCUUUUAGUUAAAAGUUUAAGGACUGCCAGUGAGCUUGAUUUUGAUAUUUGUAAUAAUCUUGUUAAUUAUUUUGACUAUUCUAAUAGGAAUUUUUAGUUGCAGAAGUUAUGUGUAUAACAUUUUCUACUAAAAGAAAGUUGGUUCUGCGUAUGAAGAAAAAGUUAUUAUUAAUAGAUUUUUUGUAAAAAAAAUAGCAAUAAUUGGAGAUGAACUAAUAAAGGCAUAAAAACUGCUUGACUCAAUAAUUACUGUGAUGAGAAACAAUAAAGAUUAAGUAUUUUUUUUAAGUUAAAAGCAUUAAAAUAUUUCUGAGAGUGUGUAAGAUGAUAUUUCUAUCAAGAAAACGAUCAAAGAAAAAAACACAUUUUUUAGAAACUAAUUAUGCAAUAACGAGUUACCCGUACAAAGAGAAAGUCUUGAUGAUAUUUUAGAAUAAAAUGAUAAAAAGAAAUAAUUGCUAAUAAAAAACUUCAUUUUAAAUGUUCAAAAUAAACUAGAAAUUGAAAAAGCGAACAGAAGACACAUCUAAGUUGAUGAUAACAAAUUUGUGUCUAGCUUUUAAAUGAAGCAAGGAUAUACCAUUUCUAAUAAAAUAGAACUUUGGAUAAUUAAAAAGAAAAUAUUGGCUUACUUUACAGAUACUCUUUUCAAGAAUAUUAGCAUCGACAAGAUUUGGGCUUUUUUAUAAAAACACAAAGUAUGUUACAUUUAUAAUGAUUAAACAAUUGCUCCUCAUCAAUACGGACUUUACUUACAGGAUCCAACGAAUGUUUUUUAUUAUUGCUUCCUAUCCUGUAUGAGUGAAUUCUUGUUAAAAAUGGAUGAUUUCUCCUUUCUUGUGUAUAAUUUACUAAUUGAGUUAAUAAAAUUAAAUCCUAAAAAGGACAAGAGAGAAUGGUAUGACAGGUAUGUCAAAGUCACAACAUUAUACCCAUCGAUUACUGAAAUAUCCUCAGCACCUUUUCCUGAAGUAGAAUUUAAUGAAAAACUAAUAAAAUCAGAUUUGGAUUAAAUUUUUAAUGAGGAGAUUGCUGAAUUUAAAAAUUAAAAGCUACUGGAAAUCAAAUAUUAAUUACUAUAAUACAUAAACUUAAAUUUAAUUAAGCAAAUUGGUUCUCUAAUCGAUUUCCGCUUAGAUUCAAACUCUUCAACACAAAAAAUCCCAUAAAGCGCCUAGUAAAGCAAUUCGAGACCAAGAAUUUAUUCUAAUUUUUCUCCUUCAUCGCUAUCUUAAAAUUAAAACAACUCACCUGUUACCAGCAUCAAAAAGUUAAGUUUUAAUAUCGAGGAAAAUACGAUAUACAACUACUAGAACUAAAGAACAAAAUCUGCGUUUUAAAGAUUAUAGAGUUAGUAAUAAACUAAUACAAUUACUCAAAAUAUAAAUGACAGACAAGUAGAAAGGAAAAAAAUAAACCUUUAGAGAGUUGAAUUACAUAGUUCUUUUGAAGAAAACUUCACAUGUGACACAAAUGAUGAUUAUAAACCGAUAAUAGUUUAUGAGACUUAAUUUAAAAAAAUAAAAAAUAAAGAGUAAAAUUGA